AUUAAUUUCUCGAGUUAGCAUCAUUGAAAGUAGCACGUUGCACGGAUAGCGAAAUUUGCUUGCGUGUUGAUUGGAACAAAGAGAUAUACGCGAUAUACCCGGAAAUUUGCAAAUAAUGGCAGCCUGUUUAAGUCAAGAAAAAGUCUGGGACAAAUCCCGGUAUGCCAACGCCGAACGUCAAUACUAUGAGUUAAUGAGCAAGGGUUCAUCGUCUGCUAACCCCACAAACAUAUUGGUAUCGGAAAUUGCAAAGGCCAGGGAACAAAUCAAGAUCUCUUUGGAAAAGAUGGGCGGUAUCUCCGAUGCUGGAUCGUGCCAAAUACAGUCGGAAAUUUUGAGCCGUUUGGCCCAACUUGAAGACGAGAACUCCAAAUUAAAGAGUUUGGUGGCCAGUUUGAACGGUCUUUGCUUGGAUUCACAAAAGAGAAUCAAAGCUUUGGAAGCUACAUUAUGCAACAAGUCGGCGGGCGCUGCCACAAGCAAACCAGCUCCAGCUGCAAAGGAGUCCAAAAAGUCAGACGAUGACGAUGGCGUCGAUUUGUUUGCCUCCGACAGCGAGGAAGAAUCCGAAGAAGCUGCACGCAUUAGGGAAGAACGCCUAGCAGCAUAUGCCAAAAAGAAGGAAAAGAAACCCGCACUUAUUGCCAAAUCCAGUUUAGUGUUGGAUAUUAAGCCCUGGGACGAUGAGACUGAUUUAGGUGAAAUGGAAGCCGAAAUAAGAAAGAUUACUACAGAUGGCCUUUUGUGGGGCGCAUCCAAAUUAGUUCCAGUUGCCUUUGGCAUUAAAAAGUUGAGCAUUAGUUGCGUCGUCGAAGAUGACAAGGUUUCAAUCGAUUGGCUGACCGAAGAAAUUGAGAAACACGAGGACUUUGUCCAGAGUGUUGACAUUGCCGCUUUCAAUAAAAUUUAAAGCCAUUUCUUAACUCUUUGGAUACAUAUUAAGCGUGAAUGUGAAAUUAAAACUUCAAUAAAAAAAAUGCGAAUGUUCGAAUUUUUUACCACUUACAAA